UGAUCACUAUUUUCCUGCUUCGCCUCAUGACAGAUAUAACCAGAGGUGCUUCUCGCAACCUGGUGAACAAACUGGAAAUUCAACAUGCCAAAAGGAGAAAAUAAAACAGCACAAGUUACAGACGAUGACAGCGUUGUCACCGUGGUGCUCCUGGGACAAAACAGCGCUGAUAAGUGCCUGAUAGGAAACACCAUGCUUGGGUAUAACUGCUUCCAGCCAGGAAGGUCCAUGUAUCAAAAGGCUCUGGGAAGAAUGAAAGACGAGCUGCUCUACAUUAUAAACACCCCGGACCUUUUCUGGAGAAUAUUCCAAGAACCAGAAGCUAAUACUAUCGAGGAGAUGAAGCCAUCAUACACAGGUCCACGCAUGUUCCUCCUGGUGCUCCACGAUGAACAGCUGUCCCAGGAAGAGGUGGAGAUGUUUACCCAAAUGAAGGAGAGAUUUGGAGAGAAAAUGACUAAAAAUAUUACUGUGGUGUUGAUCGACGACAGAGAGACAUCAAGACAGUCCUGCAACAUAGCAGAUAUACACCUCAAAAAGAUUCUACAUGAAUGUGAGGAGAGAAUUUGUGUCUUCAGCAAAGAUACGGCAGACUCAGAUCUGGUCAGACAGCUAUUGAUACAUAUUACAAAAACGGCAGAGAAAGAGGAAGCUGAUCCUGGCAGAUUCCAUGAAGUUGACUCCGAACAACCAAAAACAAUGCCAGGGGAGAGUGACUGCAGUAUCAUCACCUUGGUGCUCCUGGGAUUGAACAGCGAUGACAAGUGCCUGAUAGGGAACAGUAUUCUCCAGUAUGAUUGUUUCGUGGCUGGAAAAGCCACAUGUGAGAAGGUUGUGGCUAGAGUAGCUGAUCAGAUGGUCUGUAUUGUCAACACUCCUGACCUUUUCUAUAAACCAAGCCCAGAUUCAAUAGCUGAUAGUAUGGAGGAGAUGAAGCUAUCAUACGCAGGUCCACGUAUGUUCAUCAUGGUACUGCAGGACAAAACUCUUUCACAGGAAGAGAUGGAGAUGUUCGCCCAACUGAAGGAGAGAUUUGGAAAGAAACAGCUCGAAAACACGUUUGUUGUGAUUAUAGGUAGCGAAGAAAAUAACUUAAGCAAGAAUUUUGAAGCUGAUAAGACCCUCAAAAAGAUUCUAGAUGAGUGUAAGGAGACGGUUUAUGUUUACAGGAGUAAUGUGAAAAGCACUGAGCUGGUUGGACAGCUUAUAGGACAAAACAACAUGCAAGCAGGAAUCUGAGAAAAACUGAAUAUUCCAGUUAGAAAUCAGCUCAGCCCAGCUGAUAUGUACUGUGUGGUUGAUAUUGUGCCAUAAAACUGAUUUAGCUGAAUACAAAAUAAAUGUUAUAUUCCUACAGUGUUAUACGUGUAUCCAAAAGAUUGUGAAUUAAACAUAAGCAACACAACAGUCUACAGUUUCUUAUCAUGAAUCUGAAGUAAAUCACUGUUCAAACAUCUUUGCUAGAGUUUCCAGUAACAAACGAUAAUAGAUGGAAACUGGAGUUCGGUGUUAUUUGCAUAAAACUGCCAAAAGCUAUUUUCACUAACUCCACCCACCAUUGCUUGGAUAUUUUACCUUUAGUACAAAUAACAUAAAUGUUAACAAAUGUUUUCUUAGGCCACUCUUACUCAUUUUCCACCCAUAAUCAAAAACCAACUAAAUUAUACAAAUUCUUUUAGAUUACUGCAUUAAGACCAACCAUUUUAAAAAAACAUGCAAUGAAGAAAUAAAGCCAAGUACAGCUGUUAU